AUGUCUGCAACUGCAUUCGUGAGCUCUCCAGCAAAAGAGAAGGGUGCCACCGACGACAUCGCCGUCGACCUCUACCCAUUCAUCCGCGAGUACAAGGGCGGCCACGUCGAGCGUUUCCUCCAUAGCCCAUUCGUGCCGGCGUCGGAGGACGCGGCGGCCAACCGUGGUGUUGCAACGAAGGAUGUCGUCAUCGACAAAAGGACUGGCGUGUCCGCACGCCUGUUUCUCGCCUCCCGUGCCGCCGCCGCGGCCGGCGAGAGGCUACCGGUCAUCGUGUACAUCCACGGCGGAUCCUUCUGCACGGAGAGCGCGUUCUGCCGGACGUACAACAACUACGCCAAGUCUCUGGCCGCUCACACCGGGGCGCUCGUCGUGUCCGUGGAGUACCGUCUAGCGCCAGAGCAUCCCAUACCCGCGGCCUACGACGACGCAUGGGCCGCGUUACAGUGGGUGGCUUCCCUCUCCGAUCCCUGGCUCGCCGACUACGCCGACCCUGAGCGUACGUUCCUCGCCGGCGACAGCGCCGGCGGUAAUAUCGCCUACCACACCGCGGUGCGCGCCAGCCGCGACGGCCGCCUCAUGGACAUCGAGGGGCUCGUCAUGGUGCACCCGUACUUCUGGGGGUCCGAGCGGCUGGCCUCCGAGACCGUCCGGGAGGACUGUGUCGCCAUGUUUCCACCUGACCUGGUGGACAGGCUCUGGCCGUUCGUGACGGCUGGCCACGCCGGCAACGACGACCCCCGGAUCAAUCCCCCUGCGGAGGAGGUCGCGUCGCUGACAUGCCGGCGCAUGCUGGUAGCCGUCGCCGAGAAAGACAGCAUGCGGGACCGUGGCCGCCAGUUGGCAGCCCACAUGCACGACUGCGCGUGGUCCGGUGACGACGUGACGCUGGUGGAGUCGGAGGGCGGCGAGGACCAUGGCUUCCACCUGUACAACCCGCUGCGUGCGACCAGCAAGAAGCUCAUGGAGAGCAUAGUGCAGUUCGUGAAUCAGCGCAGCGCCUUGCCGCUGCCGGCCGCUAUGCUCCCGGAGCUGCACGAGCUGCAUGGAUACGGGGGUAAGAAGACAUCAGAAGAAGGUGAGACUGAUGACUGUGAUCAGCUAACCCUAAGCGUGCCUGCUAGACCAUACAUUGACAUAUUUGGAUAUGGGAUGGCCAUGAAAAAUUGGAGUGGCAGGAAAUCUAUGGCAAGUGGUUGUUUACAAAUUGGACUGGGAAAAACAUUCAACACUAGAUAUGGGCUAUCUUUGGGCGGAGUGAGGCCUAACAAGACAAACAGACUCUCAUUACCAGCAGCAGCUCCAGGGAGUUCAAUCAUCAAGAACUUUUUCUAG